GCCCCCCGUGCCUGCCGCGGUGCCGGCUCUGCGCUGCCGGCGGCUGCACCGGGCGGGGGCACCGGCACCGGGCACCGGGACUGCGCUCAGCUCAGCUCAGCUCGGCACGGCACGGCAGGGCACGGCACGGCAAGGCACGGGCUCACCAUGAUCGUGUGUCCCCAGAGCGUGGAGCACCCCCGAGGAAGCCGAUGCCAGCGGCUGCCGGGGCAGGUAGUGAAGAUGUCCAGCAGCGACCCCGAGUGCCCCCAGUUCCUCUUUGUGAAGGUGCUGGCAAGCCGAGGGCGGCUGGAGGCAGUGACCCAGCAGAUGGGCUACCACCCACAGUACCUUGACAGCUUCCUCAAGACACAGCACUACCUGAUGCACAUGGAUGGCCCCCUGCCCUUUGACUGCCGGCACUACAUCGCGAUCAUGGCAGCAGCCCGGCACCAGUGCCGGUACCUGGUGAACCUGCACGUGCUGCAGUUCCUGCGGGCAGGGGGUGACCCACAGUGGCUGCGCGGCCUCGAAUUCAUCCCCCCCAAACUCCGCAACCUCAAUGAGAUCAACAAGAUCCUGGCACACCGGCCAUGGCUCAUCACCAAGGAGCACAUUGAGAAGCUGCUGAAGAUCAGUGAGUGGAGCUGGUCACUGGCAGAGCUGGUGCAUGCCGUCGUCCUCCUGGCACACUGCCAUGCACUUGCCAGCUUUGUCUUCGGCUGUGGCUGUGAGCAGGACGAGGGGCUGGGGGGCCGAGGCUUGCUGAAGCCAUUGUCACUCGGGAACCAGUGCUUCUGCGAGGCCACUGCCGGCAACAGCUACAGCCAGGAGCUGCUGCGUAUCAACCGCAAGCGGUCCCUGGACUCUUGCAUGGAGCUGGACUCCCUCCGGGAACGCAUGCAGCGGAUCCAUGUGGAGACUGAGGGCAGGGACGAGAUGAGGCUGCUGCAGCAGGACCGAGAGGAAGGGCUCUCCCCUCUUGCAGAUACUGAUGGGGAAGUCACCAGUGCCACCAACCUUGCCUGCUAUAUGCAGGACCCUGACUUUGGAUACCAGGACUUUGCCCGGCGCGACGAGGAUCAGACACAGGUAUUCAGAGUCCAGGAUUACUCCUGGGAAGACCAUGGCUUCUCACUGGUCAACCGGCUCUACUCUGACAUUGGGCAUCUCCUGGAUGAGAAGUUUAGGAUGGUGGACGGUCUGCAAAGCAGUGCCAUAGCCAAGCGGCAGGGCUGUGAACCCUCUGUUUUCAAGCGUGGCAUCUGGAACUACAUCCACUGCAUGUUUGGCAUUAGGUACGAUGAUUAUGACUAUGCAGAAGUGAAUCAGCUCCUGGAGCGAAUGCUCAAAGUUUACAUUAAAACUGUCACCUGCUACCCAGAGAAGACAAACUCAGAAAUGUUUGACAGGUUCUGGAAGCAGUUCAAGCACAGUGAAAAGGUCCACGUGAACCUGCUCAUCCUGGAAGCCCGGAUGCAGGCAGAGCUGCUGUAUGCGUUGCAGGCCAUCACCCAGUACAUGAUCUCCUAGAUGGUGGGAGCUGUGCUGCGGCGGGGCCGGGCAGCCUCCUCUCUCCCUGAACUCGUGCGGGACCCGUCAUGCUGGGACCGACGGCGAGGGAUUUCUUGAUUUAGUUUACUUGACUGUAUUGUUCCUUUUUGUUGGUUCCCCCCCCAGCCUUGUGGGGGUCACUGAGUGGCCCUGUUACGUGCAAUUACCAAACUGUGAGGCAA